GGUGUCUCUGUGUGUAAAGCGUUUAGCGACAUAGAUUAUUUUUUUGACUGUUUACAUUAAAUUGAUGUUUUUAUUUUUGUAUUUUAAGAUUAUUUUAGGAUUAAAACAUGCAUUUUUCAAAUAUAUUGUUAUAACAUUAUUAAAAUGAGCGAUCAGCGGUCACACUAUCGACAUGACAGACACGAGAAACAUAGGAAACGAAGUCGCAGUCGAAGCCCGACGUCUUACAAACGCUCGAAUAGUGAAAUUGAAAAUGAAAGUAGAAAAAGAUAUGCAGCCGAACGAACAAAUGAACAUACAGCAAGUGGUGGAACAUUCAGUUUUUCUCGCUUUAAACAUUCUUUGAACAAAAUUUUCUUUAGAGAACAGAGUUUCAUUAGAAGAGGAAGUAAAGAAUAUGAUGACUUUUGGGUGUUUGUUGAAAAAUAUGAAAACUUCCAAAAACGACAAAAAGAUAAAAAUCCAAAGACCAAACCAUGUGUGUCAGGAGAGUCUAGUCUUGGUAUACCAUCUCACUAUGAUAAAAGAUACCGUAUAAACAUAGCCUUGAAAAACAGAGAUGUUGAAGAUUUUAUUAAAAAAGGGAGACUUGCAGAUGCGGACAUUGAUGAAGAGAUUACUGUUGAGAGAGUGAAGGAAUUUAAGAAUAUAUUAUUGCACUACCUUGACUUUCAACAGAAACAAAAGUUAUCCAAGUUGAAGAAAGUAAAGGCGGAUCAGGAGAAUCUGCCUAUCUUCCAACACAAGUCAGAAAUAGUAGAGCUUGUACGAGACAAUCAGGUCGUUAUAAUUGCAGGAGAUACUGGCUGUGGCAAGUCUACACAGGUACCUCAGUAUUUACUGCAGGCGGGUUAUGAGAAGAUAGCAUGUACUCAGCCUCGGAGGAUAGCUUGUGUUUCACUGUCAAAGCGUGUGGGAUAUGAAACUCUGAACGAGUAUGGCUCUGAUGUUGCUUUCCAGGUGCGGUUCGAGAAAACGAAAACGAGCAACACAAAGAUACUCUUCUUGACUGAAGGUUUAUUGUUACGUCAGAUGACGUCAGACCCGCACCUGUCAAUGUAUAACGUGAUAGUCAUUGAUGAAGUUCAUGAGCGGCACAUUCACACGGACUUCCUGCUUGGCAUUCUCAAAUGUCUCGUACAUCACCGUGACGAUGUGAAGGUUGUGCUGAUGUCAGCAACCAUCAACAUUGAUCUUUUCAGCAAUUAUUUUGAAGAUGCUCCAGUUAUGAAGGUACCUGGACGACUAUAUCCUAUAGAGAUGGAGUUUUGUCCUAUACAGAAGGACAGUGAUACAAGAACAGAGAGGCUGGACCCCUCACCAUACCUCAAAAUUAUGCAGAGAAUUGAGAAAAAGUACCCUCGUUCAGAACGUGGAGAUCUACUUAUAUUUCUGAGUGGGCAGAAAGAAAUAAUGUCUGUGGUAGAGGCAGCUAGGGCGUACACUCAACAAACAAAAACAUGGAUAGUACUGCCCCUUCAUAGUGCACUCUCUGUUGAUGAACAGGAAAAGGUGUUUGACAUUGCUCCUGAGGGUGUUAGAAAGUGUAUAGUCUCAACCAACAUUGCUGAGACGUCAGUAACUAUAGAUGGUGUGAGGUUUAUAGUGGACUCUGGGAAGGUGAAGGAGAUGAGUUUUGAUCCGAAGUACAAAAUGCAGAGACUACAGGAGUUCUCUAUAAGCAGAGCUAGUGCCGAACAGAGAAAAGGCAGAGCAGGUAGGACAGGUCCAGGUGUCUGUUUUAGAUUAUAUGAUGAGAAAGAAUAUGAAAGUUACCAAGAGUAUACCACCCCAGAGAUCCAACGUGUCCCGCUAGACUCUCUUGUACUACAAAUGAUCUCAAUGGGCUUGCCUGACCCCCGCAAGUUUCCAUUCAUUGAAGCCCCUAGCAUCCAGAGUCUUGAGAAUGCAAUUAUAUUUCUGCGAGAACAAGGUGCUUUAUUUGAGGAUGAAAGUCUUACACCAAUAGGGCUGAUGUUGUCUAAACUACCUGUUGAUGUUGUCAUUGGAAAAAUGCUUAUUAUGGGAUCCAUAUUUCAU